CGGAGGCACGUGAAGCGAUGCGAGGAGUAUCGGUGUAGGUCACUGUUAGUUUGUUAGAAAUGGCGGUGAAUGCUGGUAAUCUUACUGCUCUUCAGGCGAAAGAGAUACUGCAGGAUAUACUUCAAACCCUAGCCUCUGAGGCAGUUAGCGAGAAGAUUACGGGAGCUCGGAACCAGGCUGGCAAUGACAUGGUCAAGUACAUGCAGCUGGUGUUUCCACUGGUUGCUCAGGUUCAAGCUGAGGUCAUAGAUAAACAUGGCUUCUAUGGGGAAAAAGCUAGCAUUGUAUUCAUGCAGCUGCUGAAGAACUUGGAAAACCAGGACCCUGAGCUGGUCGUCUUGAGUGCCAGAGUCAGAGACUACUUUCUUCCUCAACUUGGAGACCCGAAAGACAGCUAAACGCGGCCAAGAAUCAGACCAGCGUAGUGCAGCUUAUCGAUUUCAGUGUUUUGUACCUCGGUAUGAUGUAAUGCUUCUGUUAGGUCCACUUUGUGAUGGACGUUUUACAAGUGACAUUGUCGACCUAAUUAGUGAACCUUCGACCUCAUGAGGAUCUUAUGAAGCCUGUCGAUGAUGGGCCGCUUUAAGCACCCCGUAAGCCCACUGUAUAUCAUGCACGCUGCUGAACCUUCCGUGUCCCAGCGCCGCGUUGGCUGCACCGUAUCAUGGCGUGGCCACCCAUCACCAAGUGCGGCUGGUGUAACCGGCGCACCAGUCACAGACGGCCGGAGCCGUUGUGCCGGCGGGACGGAACGGGAGCCGUCCCGGAGGAGGACACGCGCGGCGGCGCGGGCGACACUCCGGCUGGGCGUGGUGACGCUCUCAGAGUGCGGUGGUGCGGGCGACACUCCGGCGGGGUGUGGUGACGCUCGCAGAGUACGGUGGUGCGGAUGACACUCCGACUGGGCGUGAUGACGCUCUCAGAGUGCGGUGGUGCGGGCGACACGCUGGCCGGGUAUGGUGACGCUCUCAGAGUGCGGUGGUGUGGGUGGCGGCGUCGCCCAGCGCGGAUCGGGGGUUCGGUCGUCUGCGUAUCUGGAAUGUACUACUGUAUUGGCCGCACGUGUUGUCAGCUGUCGUCGCGCCUGCUAACCACACUAAGCGUCUUCGUUAAAGCUAUUGGUGAGCUAGGGUCCGUGGCGCGGCUGAAUUGCUAUGCUGGUCUGGCACUGCCAGCAGGUCUCUGGGGCCUGCUUGUGUUUUGCGCGGCGUGGUGGUGGUUGGCUGCUCGUCAAUGUGAAGCUGGUCCAUGUUUGGAGCGUUUGGUAUGGCUCGUAUUGACCGAUAGAUUGUCACAAAACGCUCAUUGCGUAGACUCGUUUUAUGAAUUCCUUGGUAAGAUGUGCUUGUGUGGAUACUAUGACGUCAUUCCGUGCCCCGAACCAUUUUCACUCCAAGUCAGGGGAUGCCGUCAUCAUCCGGCGGGCUCGCCGUUCUCUCUCCGCGUGUUUUCUGUCACGCGUCACCGACGGUCGCCAGCGUCGCCUGCGAACAGAAGAUGCCUACAAAUGUAUUUAUCAGUGGGCAGGCGCCAGCCCGCACCCUGUCUUUCGCUAUUUCGAAUUUUCGUGCUGGGUUUUUGUGCCUUUUCUUCCCCGUAAUGAAAAUAACAAAAUAUAGGGUUUUUGUUAGAUAUUAAUUCCGAACCUUAUAAAUGGAUGGGUCUCUGAGACCAGAGCUCACGUCAAGCAGGGCUUGUUGUGCGAGUCCUCCCCUACCAGAAGAUCUCGCAAUUACCGACCAACGGCAGAAUUCGGCGGCGAAAGUUAAACGUGCCUCAGUGCUCGACACGGUCCGUCCUGCCCUCUGACGUGAUCUGACCUUUAUCGCGGCCGCUGCCACGGCCCGGAGGCCGUACCUGUCGAGGACAAAUAACGAGCGCCCUUAAGCGUCUCGAAUCCACACCACCAAGGGGUGAGGGAUCGGAAUGCAGGCACUCUAACCAACUGAGCGAUCGAGGCCGAGUCAAAUGGAUAGCCGCUUUACUGUUGGUCUUUUGUCAAUAUUUCGUGUAAAUGAUUUGGAGUUGCAUGAUGCGACGGCUGUAAAAUGUCUAGUGUCUUUUUCACUUCGUGUCAACGGUAUUUAAUCGACAGCUAAAAAACCACAAAGCAUUGCUCUAACCUUGGCUACAACCCUCUCAGCGUCCGUUUCUUGUUCUGAGUGCAGGCAAGGCGUCACAAAUCCAUGACGCCCGACUCGGAACGCGCGUUUAGUAACUCCAGCACAGUGCACCCAUGCAGCUGUACCGGUGCAGUAGAAAGA